AUGACCUGCCGAAUUCGUCACGUCACGUCGAUCAUCUUCCAGGAUCUAGCGGUUGCUGAGUGGGGGAUGAUGAGGGGGAUCUGGGGGUGGAGCAGUGGAUACGAGAUGGGCUUGGGGUGGGAUCCAAGUACGCCAUUUUCGAACAAGGUUGCGCACCACUACACAGGUGAAGGGCGUCAACGACGGUCUACAAUCUGCUAG